AUUUGCCUCCGUAUAGGAAAUAUAUUUAUAGGGCCUGGUUGUCUUCUUGUCGAACAAAGCAUGACAGAUUGUCAUAUGGGUGCUUGUUUUAGACUAUUUAACCGUCCGUCCCCUCAACAACCACAGCGUUCGCUCAACUUGAACCAUGAGAAAAACUGACGUUUUAAAAGCUCUUGAAUUUUCUGUAGCUGUGCCAUGACCCAGUCUAAAGUCCCCUCAGGCGUACUUGUUGAGUAAACAUGAAAGAACUAUUUAUUCCAACACUGCGGUCAUUAGUUCGCAUAAUCUUUAAAUUUUCGAUUGUGCAUUUCAAUUUUUUUAAGUUAAAAAACAAGCGGGACAAAUUAAAUCAGGUUGAAAGCCAAAAGGACAAUAUGUGGGUGUAUGUAAAAGAGAAAUUAUCAUGAAACGAACAAAACAUGAGAAUUUCUACGGAUUCAUAAUCCAACCACACUUUUGUGUAAUUUAUGUAGGAUUAGUAGAUGCAUGCUGAACAUCUCUCCCGGUUCAUGUCCCAUAAUUACAUAUUUACUCAGACUAUUUUGCAGAUACAUAUUCCACGAAUUAUAACUGCCCCCAGGGUCACAAUAAAUUCGUGACCACAACGAAGUAUCUAGACUCUCUAAAUCGUGCAUAAUAGCGAGGCUUCAAAUUGUGUGACCGAGAAUAAGUAAUGGGACUCAUUUUGUCUUUUCUCUCUUGUCUCUAGUGUGCACUUGAAGAACAUAGGACUUUAAACAGAUUCAUUUAUUCCAGUAAUGCCACAAACAAAACAAGCACGACUACUGCGACACCAGAUACAUUCCGACCGACGAUGCCGACAUUUCUUCCUUUCUCCCCAGGGCCAAGCUCCAAGAGAAAGCGAGCUGUGGCGCUGCCUAUUUGCCACCCAUCUACAUAUCAAAUUAAAACCAAAGUUUGAGAAUUUCGAACAAGAGCACAAUUGCAUAUCACAUUAUGCAAUGUAACAAAAUAUCGAAUACAUGUAAAAUAAAUGGGAUAAUGUGAAGGAGAAAGAUAAGAAGACGAUGGAUGUGAGAACGUGAGUGGUGAAAGCCGGAGAAACUUCCGGUCUCAGUAAUCGUAUACUAAGGCUCAGCAGUCGCAUACUUGUUGCCGAGAAGGAAAGAGCAAAAGUGUUGCUUGUAUAAUUCUCAUGUUCAAGAACGUAAUAAGAGAAUUCUCUUCUGUUCGUUUCGAUCUGCACUGUAUUUACUUGUGUACACGUCGUCGCGUCGUCUCCAAAUUGCCUUGACUCACUAAGCUGAUUUCUAGGACGGCUCAUAAAUUUUCCUGUCAAAUUGUGUUUUCUUGUUGAGAAGAAGUUGUACAAGUGUGGAAGGAUGAGUAUGAGUGAGUAGGAUAAUAAACAUUGCAUCGCUGUUGAGCUGUUGUGUGUGGGAUAAAAGAUAAGGCAUUCUUGACGUUCACUUAUGCAAAAUUUCAAAUUGCGGAGAUUGGAUGAGGCUCAGUUUGAAGGAGAAUACUUACUUAUGAGAACGUGUUUGUCGCAUGUUUUCGGAAUCAGUGAGUUGCAUAACAGAACAGAUUUUAAUUGCUUUAAAUCAUUGGAAAGUUAAGAUAAUUAACUUGUUAGUAACAUUAACAUUAUGGAGGCGGAAGAGUCAUUAUCUUCACAAUUCCUACUAAACAAUUUCACCAAUACAUCUACCGAACUAUUGCCUCUCACCCCGUUCACCUACCCACCCCUGUUCCAAUGUCUUAUCUAUACCUUGUACUCCGCAAUCGUUAUCACGGCCGUGUUUGGAAACAUACUCGUUAUCACGGUCGUGCUUACCAUCCCCAAAAUGCGCACAGUGACAAACUUUUUGAUUGGGAAUCUUGCGUUGGGAGACUUGCUAAUGGCAAGUUUUUCCCCCUUCGGUUUCAUAUCAAUUCUCCUCCAGUUCUGGCCUUUUGGAAAAUUGCUAUGUCUCAUUGUCACACCAUUCCAAUGCGUCUUUGUCUUUGUGAGUGCUUGGACGCUGGUAGUGCUGAGCUUGGAGCGGUGGUGGGUCAUCGUGGGGAAAGCCAAGUGGAGAAAGGGUCUCGUGUUCUGGGCAAUUGGCGGAGUCUGGAUUUUCAGUCUAGUUGUAAGUCUUCCAGUGGGGCUGGUUGUAGGGGUGAGAGAUGCUGGAAAUGAGAGGAUGCUGUGUGAAGAGAUUGGCUGGCCUUCUCCCACCCUUCGUCUCUCUUACACACUCACGCUAAUUUUUCUCCAAUACUUUCUACCCGUCUCUGUCUUGGCGUCUACCUAUACACGAAUCGCGAUAGAAAUCUGGUGGAAGAAAGUCAUUCCCGUGUUGGAAUGUAGUGGAAGCAUGUACACAAAAUCUGUCCGAGAAGAGAGGAUGGAGAAAGCGAAGAGAAAGACCAUCUCAACUUUGCUACUCGUUGUGACGUGUUACACACUCUCAUGGUUGCCCUUGAAUUUGCUGUAUUUGUACUUGGAAAUUAUUCAGGAUGAGGAAUCAGAUCCUUUCCCCAUGAUUGAAUAUGUCUACGUGCUAUGCCAUUGGCUGUCCAUGACCCAUUCAUCCCUUAACAUUUUCAUCUAUGCUUUCGUGAACGAGCGUUUUCGUGACGGAUUUCUAACCGUGUUGCGGAGAUGUGUCAGGUCGAAACCGCAAAACCAGGCUCCUACGGCUGACGUGGUUUCGAUGAUGACUUUGUGAGCGACGACGGACGAUCUGUUUGAUGAGUGGGCUGGAAUGGAUUUACGGCGAACCACCAAGUAUGAGGCCUGACUAUAGACUCAAUUACAGUAUCUAAAUACGUAUGUACUUACUCAUUAAUAUGUAAUACGACCGAAAUAUUUAGCCACAACGUUUGCUUUCUACAUGUGCAUAAAUAUAAAUAUAUCUACAAGUUAUAUAAAACAAUUGACAAAUUAUAUAAUAGAACAUUCAAUUUAGGAUAAAAGAAUGAAAAUCGCCUUAGAUCUAUGUGGUUAUGUAAUACGUAUGUAUUGUGUAAGCCGUAUAUGUAACUAAAUAAAGUGAUCAUUACCGA